CCAAAACACAAUUAUCCAAUCACCUCACCCAGUGACCCAAACACAAAAUGGAUAGUUGGGAAGACAAAAAAGCUUUGAUCACUGAGCUAACACAAGGGAUGGAGUGUGCCAAACAGCUUAGAUCCUAUUUGCACUCCCAGCCUUCUCAUUCUUCUGUUUCUUCUGAUACUCAUCGCUUUCUCUUAGACAAGAUAGAAACUUCUUUCCAGAUAUUACUCUGUCUUCUCCAUCCACCACCUUCCACUACUGCCCCUGAGUCUUCCAUCUCUGUCGAAGGAAGCUCGCCAAAUGAGGGCAUCCACAAGAGCAUGCCCGAGUUCAGAAGUAUGACGAAAAGGAGGAAGUUGUUGCCAACAUGGACAGAACAGGUUAGAGUAGUUACUGAUAAUGGACUUGAAGGUCCUCCUGAAGAUGGUUAUAGUUGGAGAAAGUACGGCCAGAAGGACAUUCUUGGAGCUAAAUAUCCAAGAAGCUAUUACAGAUGUACGUACCGACAAAUGCACAACUGUUGGGCCAUCAAACAAGUUCAAAGAUCUGAUGGUGAUUCAAGCUUAUUCGAGAUCACAUACAAAGGGGCACAUACAUGUCGGCAAGUACCACCCAAGAAAAAAGAACUAGAACAAAACUCAUACCACCACAAUGAUAGUCUCUCGAUGCAACCAACAAGUCAGAUGUUAACGGAAUUCAGAUCAAACCUGAGGGUCGAUACUAAUGACUUUGAAGGGAAGGAGACACUAUCUGCUUUCUCCUUCCCUCAAACAUUCCCCGGUGGAUUAACAGAUGAAAACCAGCAACAGUUCCAGAUUUCACAGUAUGACUUAGGGACUUACUCGCCCUCCUUUGCUUCUCCUACCACUUCUGAGUCAAACAUCUUUGGUGCAGUUCAAAAUUUUCACUGCUCUGAGUCAAUAAUUGAGUCACCAGACCUCAAUGACAUAUUCUCAGCCACCACAUCAUCCACAAACUCUCCAAAUGUGGGCUUGGAUUACACACUUGACCUGGAAAAUUGUGACCCAAACUUCCUGUUUGAUGCCUCAGAGUUUUUCCAAUGACCCCAGGCCCCAUCUAGCCUAGAUGAGGAGAAGAAAGAAAGAAAGAAAGAAAGAAAGAAAGAAAGAAAGAAAGAAAGACAGCGGUAGGCAGGGGAGUAAUCAUCAAGUUUGGCACUUUUGGCAUAUAUAGAUUUUGACUACAAAAGUACUUGUAAGAAAUAAACAAAAUUCUUUUUAACAAUUAAAUUUUGUAUUAGAAAUCGACUGUUUCGAGGACAAAAAUACUCGAAACAGUCAGUUUUUCCUUUAUUGUUGCUAAUUUUUUAAAUGUUAAGUCAUUUUACGCCAGCCGUAUAAACGAGCAUAUAUUGCAUUAC